UGAAUAUUUCCCCCACAGGUGGCGCUGUGUUUUUGAAAAUGAAUGGCGCUCGAAUUCAAUAACAUAAUAAACAACAAAUGCAACUGUGACACUUUCCUUCCACUAGCAGCCAUGGGGGACUUAAGAAUGGAAUCUAUCACCAACAGAAUACAGGUGUUGGAUGGCUUUGUUAAAGGACAAGUCGAGACUGAUGAUGUUCAUACAUCUUUAUUGACAAGAGAUGGAUUAAUGGACAGUUUGCUGGCCUUAUUUGAUGAGUGUAGUCAUGACAAUCUAAUGAAAAAUAAACAUGUUUCGGCUUUUGUGAAAAAAUAUGAAUCAACAGUUAAAGAACUGAGAAAGAUCAGAAUGAAAAUGGCAGACUUUGAGGUGAAAGAUGUGAUUGGACGAGGCCAUUUUGGUGAAGUACAAGUAGUCCGAGAUAAAGUGACAAGCACAGUAUAUGCUAUGAAAAUUUUACAUAAACAUGAGACGUUGGCACAACAGGAGAUCACUUUUUAUGAAGAGGAAAGAGACAUUAUGGCCAAGGCUACAUCAGAGUGGAUAACACAGCUACACUUUGCUUUCCAAGAUGCUCAGAAUUUAUAUUUAGUGAUGGAAUUCCAUGGUGGAGGGGAUCUCUUAUCUUUAUUAUCAAGGAACGAUGAUAUAUUUGAAGAAUCCAUGUGUAGAUUUUAUGUAGGAGAAAUGACACAGGCAAUACAUGCUUUACAUUGCAUGGGAUAUGUACACAGGGAUAUUAAACCAGAAAAUAUACUAUUGGAUAGUACAGGACAUGUAAAGCUAGCAGAUUUUGGAUCAGCUGCCCAGUUAUCAGCAGAUAUGUUGGUUUCAUCAAGGAUGCCUGUUGGUACCCCAGACUAUGUGUCUCCUGAACUUUUGACCUCUAUGAACAAUCAUAGCAGUGAUUCCAGAUAUGGUGUUGAGGUUGACUGGUGGUCAUUAGGUGUCUGUAUGUACGAGAUGUUGUUUGGGAAGACACCAUUCACUGAUGAGAGUGGGUCCAUGGUCAUCACCUAUUCCAAUAUCAUGAACUUCAAGGAAUGUUUGACUUUCCCAGAGAAAGUAAAAAUAUCUAAGUAUGCUGUUGAUCUGAUGAAAAAACUAUUAACAGACAAAUCAGAUAGAUUUGGCUACAGAAGUCUACUCUUACAUGACUUCUUUAAAGGAUUGAAUUUGGGGAAUAUUAGAGAAGAUACACCCCCUUUUGUACCUCAUUUGUCAAGUUUAGAUGAUACUUCAAACUUUGACGAGUUUGAGAGAGUUAAAUACCAACCAGCAUUUGAUGAAUACAAUGAUACCAGAGAUUUUAGUGGGAAAGACUUGCCUUUUGUCGGCUUUACAUAUGUCAGGAAUGCAAAGGAAGAAGAUUCAGGGAUCAAGAUACAUUCAGAGAGUUUUAGUGAUGCUGACUCAACUGCAACCUCAUCGUGUGCAGACUCUAGCUGUAGUACUCCACCUCGUAAUUUGGAAGUUACACUUACUGUAAAAAUAAAUGAGCUUCAUGGUCUUAAAAGAAAAUACCACCAGCUGGAAGAGAAGGAGUGCUCCUUACAGUCGGAGGUAGAUAAAUGGAGAGUGUCAUACCAUGAGAAAGAUGAGGAAUUGAUGAAGGUUACUGUAGAGAAAGAUGCAUUGGAGAAUGAGCUUCAGUCAUACAUUACCAAAGCUAAUAAUUUGAAGGACAGAUAUGAUAAAGUUGUAGAGGAAAAAGAAAUUCUAGAAAAUAGAGCCUACAAAUUGUAUGAAGAAAUUAAAGAUAUGAAUUCAGAAGUUCUACAAAUUGAGGAAGAAAUCCUAAGAUCACAAGUAGAUGAACUGCAAGACUUGGUAGCAGAAUUGGAAAAAGAAAAGAAGAAAAUGUUGAAGAAGAUUGCUGACAGAGACAAGCAGCUAAAGUUAAACAAAGAACAGCUUAUUCAGAACAAAAAACAAAUAGAUAGGUUACAGGGUCGUUUAGACAAGGAAAGAAGAAAAUCUAGAGAUGACCAAAAGAGGGAUUUGACAUUACUAGAGACUAGGGAGGAUACAUGGAGAAGUCAGUUAGAAGAUAAAAAUAUAGAAAUAGCAGAACUUAACAAUAAAUUACAGGAAAUGGAUGAUUUGGUUGAUGCUUUUGAAAUUCAAGAGAAAGAGUUUAUGGAACGAGAGCAGUAUCUUUUGAGUAAAUUACAAGAUAGUCAAGAAGUUGAUAAAGUGGUUGAUAUGAUAGAGGUCUGUAACAUAUCCAUUGAAGCAUCUAUUAAACUGCAGGAAUUACGUGUUUUGUUUCACACCAAGUCAAGAAGCAGGAAAUCUGAUGGUAAAAGUAGGAAGAGGAUAGAGGAACUAACAAGUUUAAUUCAGAAGCACUCUUCUGAAGCUGAUCUGUUUAGGGAAAAAGAAGAGGACUUCCAAGAACAAAACCAGAAAUUACAUUCAGAAAUAGAGAUGUUGAGACAUCGAGCAAAUGUCUCAAGUCAAACCAAAGACAACCUCUUUGAACAAAUUAAAGUUUAUCAGGAGGAAAUUAAUGAACUCAAGAACAAAAUCAAGGUAUGUAUGAUAUAUAAUCCCUCAAGUCAAACCAAAGACAACCUCUUUGAACAAAUUAAAGUUUAUCAGGAGGAAAUUAAUGAACUCAAGAACAAAAUCAAGGUAUGUAUGAUAUAUAAUCCCUCAAGUCAAACCAAAGACAACCUCUUAGAACAAGUUAAAGUUUAUCAGGAGGAAAUUAAUGAACUCAAGAACAAAAUCAAGGUAUGUAUGAUAUAUAAUCCCUCAAGUCAAACCAAAGACAACCUCUUGGAACAAGUUAAAAUUUAUCAGGAAGAAAUUAAUGAACUCAAGAACAAAAUCAAGGUAUGUAUGAUAUAUAAUCCCUCAAGUCAAACCAAAGACAACCUCUUAGAACAAGUUAAAGUUUAUCAGGAGGAAAUUAAUGAACUCAAGAACAAAAUCAAGGUAUGUAUGAUAUAUAAUCCCUCAAGUCAAACCAAAGACAACCUCUUAGAACAAGUUAAAGUUUAUCAGGAGGAAAUUAAUGAACUCAAGAACAAAAUCAAGGUAUGUAUGAUAUAUAAUCCCUCAAGUCAAACCAAAGACAACCUCUUGGAACAAGUUAAAGUUUAUCAGGAGGAAAUUAAUGAACUCAAGAACAAAAUCAAGGUAUGUAUGAUAUAUAAUCCCUCAAGUCAAACCAAAGACAACCUCUUAGAACAAGUUAAAGUUUAUCAGGAGGAAAUUAAUGAACUCAAGAACAAAAUCAAGGUAUGUAUGAUAUAUAAUCCCUCAAGUCAAACCAAAGACAACCUCUUAGAACAAGUUAAAGUUUAUCAGGAGGAAAUUAAUGAACUCAAGAACAAAAUCAAGGUAUGUAUGAUAUAUAAUCCCUCAAGUCAAACCAAAGACAACCUCUUAGAACAAGUUAAAGUUUAUCAGGAGGAAAUUAAUGAACUCAAGAACAAAAUCAAGGUAUGUAUGAUAUAUAAUCCCUCAAGUCAAACCAAAGACAACCUCUUAGAACAAGUUAAAGUUUAUCAGGAGGAAAUUAAUGAACUCAAGAACAAAAUCAAGGUAUGUAUGAUAUAUAAUCCCUCAAGUCAAACCAAAGACAACCUCUUAGAACAAGUUAAAGUUUAUCAGGAGGAAAUUAAUGAACUCAAGAACAAAAUCAAGGUAUGUAUGAUAUAUAAUCCCUCAAGUCAAACCAAAGACAACCUCUUGGAACAAGUUAAAGUUUAUCAGGAGGAAAUUAAUGAACUCAAGAACAAAAUCAAGGUAUGUAUGAUAUAUAAUCCCUCAAGUCAAACCAAAGACAACCUCUUAGAACAAGUUAAAGUUUAUCAGGAGGAAAUUAAUGAACUCAAGAACAAAAUCAAGGUAUGUAUGAUAUAUAAUCCCUCAAGUCAAACCAAAGACAACCUCUUAGAACAAGUUAAAGUUUAUCAGGAGGAAAUUAAUGAACUCAAGAACAAAAUCAAGGUAUGUAUGAUAUAUAAUCCCUCAAGUCAAACCAAAGACAACCUCUUAGAACAAGUUAAAGUUUAUCAGGAGGAAAUUAAUGAACUCAAGAACAAAAUCAAGGUAUGUAUGAUAUAUAAUCCCUCAAGUCAAACCAAAGACAACCUCUUGGAACAAGUUAAAGUUUAUCAGGAGGAAAUUAAUGAACUCAAGAACAAAAUCAAGGUAUGUAUGAUAUAUAAUCCCUCAAGUCAAACCAAAGACAAACUCUUAGAACAAGUUAAAGUUUAUCAGGAGGAAAUUAAUGAACUCAAGAACAAAAUCAAGGUAUGUAUGAUAUAUAAUCCCUCAAGUCAAACCAAAGACAACCUCUUGGAACAAGUUAAAGUUUAUCAGGAGGAAAUUAAUGAACUCAAGAACAAAAUCAAGGUAUGUAUGAUAUAUAAUCCCUCAAGUCAAACCAAAGACAACCUCUUAGAACAAGUUAAAGUUUAUCAGGAGGAAAUUAAUGAACUCAAGAACAAAAUCAAGGUAUGUAUGAUAUAUAAUCCCUCAAGUCAAACCAAAGACAACCUCUUGGAACAAGUUAAAGUUUAUCAGGAGGAAAUUAAUGAACUCAAGAACAAAAUCAAGGUAUGUAUGAUAUAUAAUCCCUCAAGUCAAACCAAAGACAACCUCUUAGAACAAGUUAAAGUUUAUCAGGAGGAAAUUAAUGAACUCAAGAACAAAAUCAAGGUAUGUAUGAUAUAUAAUCCCUCAAGUCAAACCAAAGACAACCUCUUGGAACAAGUUAAAGUUUAUCAGGAGGAAAUUAAUGAACUCAAGAACAAAAUCAAGGUAUGUAUGAUAUAUAAUCCCUCAAGUCAAACCAAAGACAACCUCUUAGAACAAGUUAAAGUUUAUCAGGAGGAAAUUAAUGAACUCAAGAACAAAAUCAAGGUAUGUAUGAUAUAUAAUCCCUCAAGUCAAACCAAAGACAACCUCUUGGAACAAGUUAAAGUUUAUCAGGAGGAAAUUAAUGAACUCAAGAACAAAAUCAAGGUAUGUAUGAUAUAUAAUCCCUCAAGUCAAACCAAAGACAACCUCUUAGAACAAGUUAAAGUUUAUCAGGAGGAAAUUAAUGAACUCAAGAACAAAAUCAAGGUAUGUAUGAUAUAUAAUCCCUCAAGUCAAACCAAAGACAACCUCUUAGAACAAGUUAAAGUUUAUCAGGAGGAAAUUAAUGAACUCAAGAACAAAAUCAAGGUAUGUAUGAUAUAUAAUCCCUCAAGUCAAACCAAAGACAACCUCUUAGAACAAGUUAAAGUUUAUCAGGAGGAAAUUAAUGAACUCAAGAACAAAAUCAAGGUAUGUAUGAUAUAUAAUCCCUCAAGUCAAACCAAAGACAAACUCUUAGAACAAGUUAAAGUUUAUCAGGAGGAAAUUAAUGAACUCAAGAACAAAAUCAAGGUAUAUAUGAUAUAUAAUCCCUCAAGUCAAACCAAAGACAAACUCUUAGAACAAGUUAAAGUUUAUCAGGAGGAAAUUAAUGAACUCAAGAACAAAAUCAAGAGUUUACAAGAAAGUAUUCAGCUGUAUAUGGAAUCAGAAGAUACUGCCAAAAAGGAGGAUGCUCUUCAGAAGCAGGUCAAGACCCUAGAAAUAGAAGUUGAUCUGUUACAUGAAGACAAGAGAAAGUUGAGGAGUGAUGUCAUCAAACACCAACAAGAACUAGAAGAUAAAAGAUUUAAAGUGGCAGAACAAGAGAGGGUUAUUGCUAAUGUUACACAGACAAUUUCAAGACAGACAGGCAAGCUAGAAAGAGUGGAGCGACAACUGAAUGAUACAAGAGACAGAGACAUUGAUUUGAGGGUCAAGAUGAGGGAACAGCAAGAACUUCGGACUAAACUUUCAAAUGAAAGAUUUGCAGAGCUUGAAAAACAAAACCGCGACCUAAAGGUUAAAAUCAGGGAACUGGAAGAAGAAAUAGAGAAGCUAAAAUUAACAUCGAAGCAUUCCAAUGAUCAAACCGAUGAAAUUUCUCGAUUAAAAACAGAAGUUGUAGAUAAUAUAGAAAAACUUAACAGUGUUCAAGAAAAGAUGGAUCAAUGUAAGAAGGAGAAAUUUGACUUGGAUAAAAAAGUCAGAGAUUUACGGUUAGAGAAUGACACUCUGGAAACUUCUUUUAAAAGAUCAAAAGAUGCAGUAAAUCGUCUUGAAAAACAAGUGGAGGAAUUGCAAAAUGGUCAAAGAGAAUUUCAGAGAGUAAAACUGGAAAAAGACAGAUUAAAUUUGAAAGUGAAAGAACUUGAACAGACAGCUGAAAAGGCUGAAGCGGCCGAUAAAUUCAAACAUGAAAGAGAUAGUUUAGAAAUUAAAGUGCAGAAUCUUGAGAAAGAUUUGAGUGAUUUGAAAAUAUUGUCUUCUAAACGUUGGAACAAGGUAGAAGAUGCAGAAGAUCUUCAACAAGAAAACAGGUAUUUAGAAAGUAAAAUAAAGACACAGCAAGAUACAUUGGAACAAUUAGAAAUCAAACUAAGAAACCUUGAGGAACAAACAAAGGAAAUCAGCAAGAAAGAUGGAAAGAUUAAAAGUCUAAUGGAAGAGUUAGACAGAAUACGUUUGGAGAAAAGGUCGACAGAGGUCAAGUUAUCUGAACUGAACCGUGAUCUAGAACAAAAACAGAGACAGAGUACAGACACUAAAAAAGAUGUUUUACAUGUAGAGGAAAGAUUCCAGAAGGAUAGAAAAAGUCAUGAAGAAGCUAUCCAGGAGGUAAGACAGGAACUAGAGGAGUCUAACUUGGCACUGAGUGAAGCUAGGUCAUUGUUAGCUGCUACACAGAGACAGGAGAAAAGUAUGAGGGAGAGACUGGAAUCUGAUAUAAGAGAAUUGCAACUUAAGCUUCACAAAUUAGAGACAUCAGGUCCAGAUAAUGACGAUGAAGUAAAUGUAUUGAAGUCUGAGAGAGACAAACUGAAUAGACAUAUUAAGGAGCAAGAUGAAAAAAUUAGUAAACUCCAGAGAGAGAAAAGCUCAGCCUUUAUGGAAAAACAGACAUUGAAAGAUACAUUACAGCAGAAAGAACAUCAAUUGGAACUUGAAAUCACGAAAGCAGAAAAACUACAGCUGAUCUGUGGAGAACUUGAAGAGCAAAUACAAGAUUUAGAAGCCAUUAAUACAGAAAAUGAGGAACGACAUGUGGAAUGGGAUAAUAUCAAGAAAACAUUUGAGACAGCUGUUGAUGAAAGAGAAGAUGAAAUUGAAGGAACUACCCAGAAAAUUCAUGCUUUAGAACAGGCAAAGCAAUCUGCUAGUCAGAAAAUGCACAAAAUGAAAGAGCAAGUACAACAGUCGAAGGCUUUACAUAAAGCUGAAGUCGAGGAGUUAAAUCACAAAGUAUGGGAGGCUAACAGAACAGCACAGAAAUAUAAUAUAGAGAUUGGUCAGUUACGUGAACAGCUACAGAAAAGGGAAAUGUCAUCAGACAAUUAUAAACGUUUGAUGGAAGUGGAAGCAGACGACAAAAGGACAUUGAAAGAAGAGAUAUCCCAGUUGAUUACAGAAAAUCAAGAAUUAAGGAAGAAAAGCCUGAAGCUUAAACAUGGACUUGAAGAUGCAAUGGACAAAUUUGAAAUGAUAUUUGGAGAGAAAGUAGAUCUGGAAAACUUUGCAGAGGCCUUACAGGGAUUACAUUUCUUAGAUAAAUACAGAUUUGAAAGUACCUUAAAUCAGCAGAUGAAGUUAAUUGAUUAUCUUCAGGAAUUAUAUAAAGAAAAUAAUGGCAAAAAGAAGAAGACGGGUAAAUUAUUUGGAAAUAAAGGCAAAGACACCAUAAGUCCUGUGAUGAAUGUAUGUGGAGAUCUACAGGCUGCUCUUGAUCAGGAGAGGAAGAAAAAUGCACGACUUCAAGAACAGAACGAAAGACUAAGACAAGAAAAUUAUUCACAAGCACAAGAUUUAUUACGAUUAAAAGGACCUUUAACGGACACCAUCACCCCUGAAGUGAAGAAGGCAGUGAACCUUGGACUUCUUACACCUAGUGUUAAAAGAGCUGCCACCAUGAAUUACAACUCAACACACCAGAGAAUGCAUCAUAAGAUUCCACAUAGAUUUGUUACAGGGUUAAACUCUAGAGCCACUAAAUGUGGGGUGUGUUUAGGGAGUGUUCCGUUUGUCAAACAGGCAUCUAAAUGUCAAGAAUGUGGCAUGAUAUGCCACCCUAAAUGUGUGUCAUCUGCUAAAGAUAAUUGUGGCAUGCCAACAGAGUAUAUUCAACAAUUCUCGAGCAUUAUGGGUCAGGUAGAACAGUCUAGUCACAGGUAUUCACCAAUAGUUUCUGAUGUCCCUAUCAAAAUGGAAGGAUGGCUCAAAGUUCCAAGAACAGAGAAACAAGGCUGGGAGAGACGAUGGGCUUCACUAGAAAACAAUAUAUUGUUAUUAUUUGUGUAUGAAUCUGAUGCUAGUCCAAUAGACACUUUUGAUCUUGGUCCACCGAACACAGAUGUGACAGUUCAUAGUGCAAUUAGUACAGCAGAACUGCCAAACACAACAAACACUGAUCUUGCUCAUGUCAUGAAACUAGAACAGCAACCACUCACAACCUGCUGGCCAGGAAGAGUGUUGUAUCUAAUGGCUAGUAACUUCUCAGACAAGCAGAAAUGGGUAGCAUGUUUGGAGGCUGCUGUCAAAAGUAUACAGAGAAAAGACACCAUUGUCAGAACUGGAAUGUUUUCCAAAACACUGUUAGAAUUAGAAGGAAGUCGAAGACUGGAACUCAACUGCUCCUUUGCCCUUUGUAAAGAGCUGGUAUUACUUGGUGCAGACGAGGGACUAUUUUGUGUGAAUUUAUACCAUGGUACACAUGCCAUUAUUACACAGCUGACAGGAUUUAAAUGUGUGCAUCAAAUUGUAUACAUAUCCUCUCUCAACCUGAUCAUUCUAAUAACAGGAAGGGAAAGGUCUGUAGUCACCAUUGACAAGCGUAUGAUACAUUCCAGAAUAGAUCAGGCCAACUCUGCUGCUAAAGAAGAGACAAAUCCUAUUCCCCAUACAGUCAUUGAGGGAAUUGUUGGAUGUACUGUGAUGGAUGCUUCCAAGUGUCAUGGUGGUUCCUACAUGGUUGUUGGUAUGGCUGACAGAGUUCUACUUAUGAAGUAUAACUCAGAAAUGAAGUCAUUCUGUUUGAGAAAAGAAUUCAUGACUAAUGAGCCAUGCAGCUGUGUUUGUUUAUCCCAUGAGUUUGCAAUAGUGGGAACAGACAAAUUUUAUCGUUUGAGUUUAGAUCAUCCAAACAUUACUGAUUUUGUUGACAAGAGGGAUAACUCUUUAGCAUUUGCAGCUUUUGGAGCAGCAAUACACAAUAGCUUCCCCUUAGCAGUUGUAAAAGUAUCACCUGAAGGAUUGCCGUUAGAAUUUCUCAUCUGUUUUCAUGAAUUUGGAUUUUAUGUUGAUUCAAAGGGAAAAAGAAGCAGACCAACAGAGCUGAAAUGGAGUUGUCUCCCAUUGUCUUUUGCUUACAGUGAACCAUUCCUUUAUGUCACAUACUUUAGUAGUGUACAAUGUAUUACAAUACCUGCUGACAAAAGAGAAACAAGAGGUAAACAGACCUGUAUAGAUAUUCAAGGCCCCCGAUUUCUGGGUGUAGGUAUUACUCGUGGUACUGUUUACAUUUCCAUGGGAACAGGAUACCUGACAGAAUUAAUAGUUCUCCAAGGAAACGAUGGAAUCUCAAGAGAAUUCAAGGAUGAGGAUGAUAAAGAAAAUAGACCAAAGUCACCAGGAAGAUUUCUCAGUCCAAAAAAAGGAAGUGUGAAACCAUCUUCUAACAUGAGGAGACAACUCUCUUUAACUUCUUUAGACAGUAAUUUUAGUGAGAUAUCUGUAUCAAGUGCAGAUAGUCGAAUGACAGUAGAAUCAGAUGUGUAAAUAGUCAUGGAAUCUGAUUUAGUAAUUGAUUAAGAUGGUGUAAACAUUAAUGUAGUAAACAAACUAUUUCAAGGACAAUGGAAUCCUAGUUAAUUAUUUAUUGUCAGAGGUGUUAUUAACAUUGGUGUAGUAAACAAACAGGUCCAAGGUCAUAUUGUAAAAAAACAAGGAGUAAACAAAAACUAUUCCAAGGUCAUGCAAUUUUCAAGGUUAAUCAAUCUGAUUACUUUUCAUUGCUAGUUAUAACUUGAUUGUAAUGUGAUUUUAAGAAAAUGAUGAUGGUGGAUCCAUCUUUUUAGUUUCAAAUGUUUCUUCUUAUAAAAUUGAGAUUAAUUGAAAGGUAUUUGGAAGUACAAUUCUAAUCUUCAUCAGUAAUGAAUGUAGGAGGAGUUUGAAAACUCAAGUCAAAGGUUUUGCAGGCCCUUUAGAAGGAUUGUCAAAACUAACUCAUUGAUGUAUGAUUUUUGUCUGACAGAAUUAAUAGAUUUAUAAAUAAUUCUAUCUGAAUUAUCAAAUUUUAUAAAUAAUUUUUAUGUGAUAAAAUUGAUUGUUCAAUUAACUUUUUCCUUAUUCUAUAAGAAUUCAGGUAAAGACUAGUUUCUUCUUUUCAAUUUUUACAAUUCUUGAAAAAAAUCUUGGGGCCAAAACAAUAUACUUUAACUAACUAAUACAAUAAUUUGGAAAACUAUUUGCCUUUGGAAUAAGUAAUAAUAAAAAGGGAUGCUAAGCAUGCAUGUUAGGUGGUUUCAUUUGAAAUAGCUAUCCCCACAUUUUCAGAUUUUCUUGUUCAUUUGAAACCAAUCAUAGAUAAGCUAAACAAAGAAAUCAAAUCAAUGUUAUAGUUAUCAUAUUUUUGUAUUCUGGCAUAUCAUCUGGCAUCUUAUUUUAUUUUUCUAUUUUCAUCUUUAUAAUUGGAUAGAAGUAUUCAAUGAUAUGAAACUCAAUCCCUAUUAAUCAUGUGUGAAAACAAAAUCACGUGGAUUACCACAUGGUUAUUAUAUCUGACUUUAAUACACUCUCAUUUUUAAGGUAUAUUCUAAUUGAUAAGUUAGUUUUGUAUUUCUUGCAAACUCCAGAGAGUUCAAAUUACAUCUCGUGUUUGCUAUAGAUAAAAUUUUAUGAUUCCUACAAAAAAUUAUUUUUAGACAUGUUUGUUAAUCUGUCUGCUUCUGAAUUAUGUUGAUUAGAAGUUCAAACUAAAAUCUAAUAGUACAUUUGACCCGAAACAUUUGCUUGCAAUUUAGACAUACAGUUGUCUGUGUUGAAGAGGCCACAUUUCAGUUUCAUGCUUCCUGAUUCAUUAAAUUACAUACAGUUCACAUGGCAUGGUGAUUAAGUCUGAAAGAAAAUGAAUGAACAAAUGUAUAUAGUAGUAUAUAGUCAUUGCUUUUGAAGGGUACAUAUCAUUUUAAUUUAUACAUGACUAUUGUGUAGUUUUUUUUGAAUGUGUGUACAUUUUUAUGUAUUUUACUAUGUGAAUAUUCUUACCUUGGUUUCAUCUUAUAUCUCAUUAAAUAUUUUGUGUUUAUAGUCCUUAACUGUUUCUUCUUCCAUUUUAUGCUAGUAUGAAGUAUUUAAAAUAAUCUUCAAUGGUGCUAUUUCAUAUCUACUACCUGAAUUGAUUUUUUUUUAUAAAUGAAAAUUUUCCAUCAGAACUGUAAGUGAUUAGUUUAGAAUUCAUAAAGAAUAUUUUAAAGAAAUUUUGCCACUUUUAAAAUUUGUGAAUGGUUUUCAGUAACAUUUUAGUAUCAUUGUGUUCUCUUGUUGUGUUUAUAAUCUGUAGUACAUAUACAUGUACUCAUGUACAACACGUUAUGGUCUCUUUGACAGGUGCAAAUCUUUGAAAUUAGAACAGCUUGUAAUAUGAUUUUGUGUUGUAAAUAAUAAUGUGUGACAUCUUCCACCACAUGUGUUUUGUAGAGGUUGAAAAAUAAUACUUCAUAAAAUAUACGAUACAGCAAUGAUA